AUGGAGAUGCUGGAACAGGCAUUGGAUUCCAGCCAAGAUAAAAGUAAUGAUUCUGCAGAUGAACUGCGCCUUUCUGCUGGAGUUGAUACAGAUCUGGAUCAUGCAGACGAGCAGGCAGCAGCCAUAGCUAGUGUUCAGCAUCAGCAAGGAACCAUCACACUUGACCCCACGCUGCAGUACCACAUCAGAGCAGACAACAAUGCAGGUCAGGUCACCUACAGAGUUGUCCAGGUAGCUCAUGAUGGUUCAGACGUUUCUCAGGUGGUUACAGGUGCAACAGCUUUUGCUGGCCAACAGACAGUCAUUCAGAGUCCCUUUAGUAAUGGUGGCAGCCCCACUGCUGAUGCCCAGGAGACCCGGUUUACCUACUUUCCUACAUCUGCAGCAGGCGAUGGGACUGUUGUCACAGCACAGGGUUCAGACCCUGUUGCCGCUGGAGCUUUAGGUCAGUUCUAUGUGAUGAUGUCACCUCAAGAUGUUUUACAAGGCCAGAGGCAGAUUGCCCCAAGAACCUCAUUCUCCCCGAAAUUAGAAGGAGUUAGAUCUGUACGAGACGAUAGGAGACGAGCCACACAUAAUGAAGUUGAAAGACGCAGACGGGAUAAGAUAAAUAACUGGAUAGUCCAGCUUUCAAAACUGGUUCCUGAUUGUGCGCAGGAACCCAUCAAACAGACCCAAGCAAGCAAAGGAGGUAUUUUAUCCAAAGCCUGUGAUUAUAUUCAAGAACUGAGAACAACCAACAAUCGGCUAGCAGAGAGCCUGAAGGAUGUUGAGCGUCUGCAUAUAGACAAUGAAUUGCUAAGGCAGCAAUGUGAAGAACUGAAAAAUGAAAAUGCUAUUUUGAGGUCACAUUUGCAGCAGCAUGGAAUUGUGGUAGAUAUGGGUUCGGGACCAUCAUAA